AUGUGUUCAGCCGUUAGCCAGCAAGGCGUCCUCCAUCACCAUGCCAACCUUGAUCCCUACAACAUCGCCCUUCUCAUCACAUUCCUGGACACACUACAUGGCAUCCUCAUUCCAGCCGAGCAGAGGGGUGGACCAGAGCAGCCCAGAUCAGGGCACAGGUGGCAGCCCCAGACCGUCACCGCAGCCAUGCCUAUCAUGCAUCCAAUCACCUCCAAUUUGAUGUACCGGGGCAUCUGCACCAUCCCAGACAUGCUCGCCUACCGAGCCCCGGUCAACCUGCCCGAGGACGAGGUGGAAGGGAUCCGCGAGGCGUUCAAUGGUGAUGGUCAGGUGGAUUUCGAAGAGUUUGUCACUCUCCUCGGACCCAAGCUGACAGCAGCCGGAAUGCCAGACAAGUUCCACGGAACAGACUUUGACUCUGUGUUCUGGAAGACUGACAUGCAGAAGCUGACGGUGGAGGAGCUGAAGAGGCUGCUGUACGAUACAUUCUCCGACCACCUUACCAUGAAGGAUAUCGAGAACAUCAUCAUGACCGAGGAGAGCCACAUAGCGAACCCAGGGGCCUGCCAGGUGGAUAUAGACACUAGUCCAACGCAGCAAGUCAAGCAGACGUGUGUACGCAAGAGCCUGAUAUGUGCUUUUGCCAUCGCUUUCAUCAUCAGCGUCAUGCUUAUCGCAGCCAAUCAGGUGCUUCGGAGCGGCAUGAAGUAGGCGGGGACGUUCAUGGCCUCCUGGCCCUCUGAAAGAGACUGCUGUAAGACACCUGGACAAAUGACUGAGAAAAAACAGCUCAACAACAACAACAACAACAGACAAUUAAUCCACCAUCUAAAUAAACUGACAGAAAGGCAUGGCUCUCAUCCAAAUGACUUCAUGGGCAUAUUUCCCAACAUGCUCCUUUAUAUCCUUUCUGAAUGGAACCCAUUGAGACCCUUAACUAUGGUGGCCUGGAGGGUUGACCAUCAUCUGUGCAUGAAGUGCAUGGAUUUAACCAGUCGUCUCUUGAAACAUUUGUAGAGGUUAUUAUCAGUGUAUAUCCAUAUGACUGUGUAACAAACAGAGGUGUGUCAUUAUUAACUUAUGGUGAACCAACUGUGACCAACUUUGUUAAUAGGGUCGCGGGUCAAGGGGUCAGUGGCGGGAAUGAACAAUGGGUUUUACAUCUGUACUGUGUAUCAAACAACAACAAACAAACAACAACAAACAAGUUAAUAUUUCAUAAUAAAUGUAUAUUUCACAGUUCUGCAUGAUCAAAAGGGCUGUUUAGUGGACUACAUGAUCAUAUUGUAAAAGUAGUUUUUGGACAACUGUUCUUAUUGACAUACUGUGGACUAUUAGCUUCACUGAGCACCCCAUAACGAUCACAACAUAUCUCACAGCCAUAACGAUCACAACAUAUCUCACAGCCAUAACGAUCACAACAUAUCUCACAGCCAUAACGAUCACAACAUAUCUCACAGCCAUAACGAUCACAACAUAUCUCACAGCCAUAACGAUCACAAUAUAUCUCACUGCCAUAAGGAUCAUAACAUAUGUCACUGCCAUAAGGAUCCCAACAUAUCUCACUGCCAUAAGGAUCAUAACAUAUGUCACUGCCAUAAGGAUCCUAACAUAUCUCACUGCCAUUGAAAAACCAACAACUCAGACGUGAUGGGUGUUGUAUUAGCAUAUCACUGAGAAAUCAUACAGUAUUUGCUUGAUAUGUGACAUAUAUGCAUAAUAACAUUAUAACAGAGAUCUGCUCUGUACACGGGGAAUAUGAUGAAUGUGAUGGAAUGUAUACACUGCUAUAUUAGGCAAUAUAUCACGAGUAUACAUCUCACAUGUGAUAUCGCCGGCUAGACAUGUUCAAUAUAGACCUUUAGGCUCAUCCAUGAGGAAGCUCUGCUCUGGAGAAUUGAAGCAGGAGCAAUAACCUUCAAUCCACUUCCAUGCCUUGGUAGCUCCUUGUUGUCCUUGGGAUGCAAGACUCUUGCUAUGGCGACUUUGAACAUACCAUAGCAAUAUAUUCUAUCUUGUUUUUUUUWAUUAAAAAGUAAUGACAUUCACACUAGAUAAAAGAACCAGGAAGCACUUUCAUCUUAAAGACUCUUCUGAAACCAGGUUUCUAUCCUAUGUCUCAUUCUGGGACACAGACUUUGCUAUACUGAUCAUCAAAUGGCCUGUGAAACCCUGCAAUAAAGCACUAAUCCAA